AUGAGUACUCAGGCUCGAAUCCUCCAUGCAGAUCGUGUCCCAAACAUGGGCAAUAUGGAUAGUCAGGUUCUCCUACGUGAGCUCGGGUUCGAUCUCUCCAAGUUCAAAGGUCAUAACGAUAGGCGGUUUUUAGUGGAUUCGGACAGGGUUUCACCGGGAGGUCCUGACCCGCAACACCACUGA